AUGGCCGAUCCUAUCGAUCUCAACCUGGAUGCGCCCAGUGAUCUCCAAGACAUUCCGGAACUGGCCACUCAAUUGAUGGCGCCUCCCGAAGGAACAUACCCUGAUAAGAAUACCUUACUCGCAGCAGUCCAGGCGCACGGCAAGACCCAUGGCUACAAUGUCGUGGUCAAAUCAUCCAGUACGCCCACAGAAAAGAAACCAGGUCGCACGGCCAAGGUAUGGCUGCGAUGUGAUCGCGGUGGUCACUAUCGCCCGCGGAAUGGCCUCACGGAGGAAACGCGAAAGCGUCGGCGAACUUCGCGACUGAUGGACUGCCCCUUCAUGCUGGUUGCAGCUGGCUCUCCCGGUAUCUGGAGUUUAACCGUCUUGAACCCGACUCAUAAUCAUGGGCCCAUCAUCGAAAAGCCUCGUCAAGUUCCUCACCAUAAGGUUCGCAAGGGCCAAUUGCCCGCCCUCCCAUAUGACUGGCCUCACGAUGCUUCCUUCACCCCAUACACAACUGCGCUAGUCAUAAUUGAUAUGCAGAAAGACUUCUGCGCCCCGGGUGGUUAUAUGGAGUACCAGGGCUAUGAUAUAACCGCCGCCCAGGUUCUCAUCCCUAAACUUCAGCAAUUGCUGCAUGCCUUUCGCACGGGAGGUUUUCCGGUCUAUCAUACACGAGAAGCACCGGUCUCAGGCAUUGGGUCCCAAGGCCCAAUGGGCCGUCUGCUCAUUCGGGGAGAAUUGGGCCAUGAUACUGUGGAUGAACUAUAUCCUCUCCCCAACGAACCCGUCAUCGACAAGCCAGGCCGGGGAGCCUUCGCGCAUACAGAUUUCGAACUCAUCCUCCGAAACAAGGGCGUCAAGAACCUCGUCGUCGCAGGCGUUACCACGGAUGUGUGCGUCUCGACAACCAUCCGCGAAGCCAAUGACCGUGGAUUCGACUGCGUGCUCUUGGAGGAUGGGUCCGCGGCGGCGGAGCCGGCCCUCCAUACGGGCACUCUUGAGUCUGUGAAGAUGGAGGGCGGCAUCUUUGGCGCUGUCGCUAAGCUGGAUGAUGUCAUUCACGCCGUUAAUAACUUCAAAGCUAUCACCAUGAAGAAGCUGGCUCCUCAGAUGACGGCUUGA